AUUGUGAGAGUUGUUAAUCUUGUUUACUUUGAGGCAGUGUUUGGCUCCUUUUUUUUUUUUUUUUUUGGGCUAUGGAUUCUAGCUUUGCUUUUUGACCAUGACUUUUAGAUUCUCCCUCAGCGGUCUCUGGUGAAUGGGAAGGGAUGUGGUUGUCGUGGGGCUGUUACUGCGGUUAGCAGCAGAGGACAAAGUUACUCAGUGCCAAGACUCUGCAGAAGACCACACUCCAUUGCUUCAGCAGUUUGACACCCCCAGGACGGAGUAAGCAACUCCCAAGUCGGAUCACGGACCAACUGAGCCAAGCCUUGUCCUCUCAGCUGGAAAAAUGGGGUGCUGGACUGGAGCUCUCUGCCUGCUGCUGAGUUUCUGCCUGGGCUGCGCUGUGGCAGAACCAAACGAGCACUUCGCCACGGAGAAGGAGAUCAUCAACAACGUCGUGCAGGACCCACACACAGGACGCGUGUAUCUGGGCGCAGUCAAUGGGAUCUACCAGUUAAACUCCGACCUCCGGAAAGAGAAGUACAGGGAAACGGGCCCAAAGGACGACAACCCUUCCUGUAUCCCCCCCAUCACAAGGGCGUGUGACGCCAAGCCCACAAACAACACCAACAAGCUGCUGCUGGUGCACGAGAGCAACAGCUCCCUGAUAGUGUGCGGGAGUCUCUUCAGGGGGAUCUGCUCCCUGCUGAACCUCUCCAACAUCGAGGACGUGAUUUACUACAGUGAGGACAAAGGGGAAAGGGCAUUCGUGGUGAGCGCUGAUGAGACGGUGUCAGUGGUGGGAGUGAUGUCCACUCUGAUGAAGGAGGAGGAAAACCUGACUGUCUUCUUAGUUGGGAAGAGCUGA